AUUUUUAUUUACGAUUCUGCAUUUUAUUAUUUAAAGUGUACUUUAAUUAGAUUAUAAUAAUCUAAAAUUUUAGACCUUUGCCAACCAGGAUUGACGGUUCUAUUAUUCCCAAACAACACGACAUGGAGUUUCGUGGAAGACGUAUAAUGAGAAAUAUCCACAAAAAUGUUUUACCGGAUCAAGCACAGUUCUGUGUGACAUGCUUGAGAACUGACUGUAAGCUGUACCCUUUCACACAAUACAGUUUGGGAGAGGCUUAUGAGCUGUUGACUGGGAAUUCACUGCAGCAAGAGGUGAGGUUUACUUCCAAAUUCUGCACUGAAUGUGCUCACAGACUGACUUCAUGCCGCAAAUUCAGAGCCAGGAGUCUACAGGCUUAUGAUGCAUUGGUGGAACUAGCUCAGAUGCAUGAUGUGCUAACAACUGAAGACAUAAAGUCAAUAAACAACAAAUACAGCAGUUGUUUGUCAUAUUCUGACGUCACGCUCACACUGGUAACACCGGAGCACGACUCGAGUGCCACGAACCAACAUGAUGUUAAAGUUGAACCAAAAGUGGAACAUAUAAAGAGUGAAGCCGGUGAAGAGUUGUCUGAUGAUGGAGACAAGGACUCAGGGAAUCCCAAUGAUGUUGAUAUGGAAAACAUUGAGGAACUUCAUGAAAAUGUUAAAGAUACAAUGAACAGAGGUAACAUAGACACGGCUAAACCAAAAACCAAAAGGAAACCCAAAAUCAAAAAAGGUUACAAAACAUCUGCCGAGGUGCAAGAAAUGAUGAAACUAUUUCAUUUAAACAAACUUACUAUUGAAGAGCAACUCGCAGACAUACAAAACAGGAAGGAAUCCAGUAAUUAUAAAAAUUCUGUAUACAAAUGUGAUGUGUGCUUUAAGGGAUUUGCUUCACAAAAUACAUAUGAAACACAUCUAAAGAUGCAUAGUACUGAAUAUGGACAGUUCCUGUGUGAGAUAUGCAAAGUGUACACAAAAAGUGCCAGCGCAUUACGCCUGCAUUGCAAGGAGAGUCACAGCACUACAUACAACUGCGUGUCCUGUCCGUUCGUCACUAAACAAAAAUGCAGCGCAGUGAGCCACGCGCGCUGGCAUACGGGUGUAAAGUACAAGUGUGAACUGUGUCCUGAGGAGUAUGAUAAGAAGACGUCACUAUUGUCUCACACACGACUGAGUCACCCGUCGGACGUGGCGUGUCCCUUCUGCGGCUACUGCUUCGUGAACCAGUACGGGCUGAGGAAGCAUCUGGAGAUGAAGCAUCGCUUCGACAGCGCACAGGAGGUGACAGGUCCACUUUGCGGUGAGUGUGACAUUCGCUUCGCGAGCGAAGCCGCAUUCCAGCAACAUGUGCUCGUCUCGCCCAAACACAACACUGACCGACUGCAUCGUAACCAGCCCAGCGUGAAACACAAACGUAGAAGCAGUACGAAGAUAGUGGAGUGCGAACAGUGUGGUCUGUCUUGCAAUGGCUACCGCAUAUACUACAGCCACUUCGCGCGCCUGCACCCGCGCGCCGCGCCCGCUCAGAGCGCGCCGCGCACGCACCUCUGCGAGCUGUGCGGGCUAGCGUUCUCGUCGCGCUGGACUUUGAGGGACCACGAGCAGUUGCACCAGAGCAGCACGGUCUUCCAAUGUGACAUAUGUAAAAGCAAAUACUCAAGGAGAUACAGUUUAAUUAACCAUAUGAAGAGUCACUGUAAACCACCGCCUGUGUUCGAAUGCCCCAUAUGUGGGAAGAAAUUUAAUAAUAAAGGAAACACGCACAGACAUAUUAUGAGCCACAGCGAGCUGAGGCCGUUCGAGUGUCCGCAGUGCGGCCAGCGCUUCGUGACGGCGGCGGACCGGCGCGCGCACCGCCGGCACGCGCACCGCCGCCAGCCGUGGCCCGGCCGGCGCGCCGAGCGCGUGCGCGCCAGUCGCCGCCGGGACGACAAGGAGCCCGCCCGACAGCUGCUCAAGACAGAAACAGCAAAAACGUGACGUGUAACUGACAGCCGAGAGAGCCCAGUGGAUAUGCCGUCGAUCUGGAGGGCGUAGGUUUGAAUCCGGUCCGGGGCAUGCGCUUCCAACUUUUCAGUUGUGUGCUAAAAUUGAAUAUCACGUGUCUCAAACGGUGAAGGAAAACAUCGUGAGGAAACCUGCAUACCAGAGAAUUUUCUCAAUUCUCUGCAUGUGUGAAGUCUGCCAAUCCGCAUUGGGCCAGCGUGGUGGACUAUUGGCCUAACCUCUCUCAUUCUGAGAGGAGACUCGAGCUCAACAGCGAGCCGUGUAUGGGUUUUUAAUGAUAAUGAUGAUAAUUAAUUUUAUACCUACAUGAUAUUAUUUUAACUUUAAAAAUAUAGGUGUUAUGAAGUCAAUUAUGUAUUAUGAAAUUUUCAAUAAGUAAUAUUUAAAAAAAAUGUACUUACAUAACAUAGUCCAAGAUAAAAUGAAAUAUAAGUAUUUGUAAAUGGAUCUUUGUUUUAUUUUAUAUCUAUUUUAAUCUAUGGGUUCCAGUUUUUUUUAUUUGUAUAUAAAUUUCUUGAACCUAAUACAUUCUUUGGUAGAGCCAUAGAUAGAUUACCAUAAUCAUUGACCUCUUAUAAUAAAAGGACGCACAAUCUUGUAGAAAAUUUAACUUAAAAACUGGCCAAUUUUGCUUUGACAGUUUUAGAAUUAUUGGUAAAGAAAAUCUACACUUAUAAUAAAUCUGUAGAGAGGUCAAUUCUGUACAUGAAAUAUAUUUCCAAAAUAACUAUCAGGGGGUGAUUAGUGGUCGAUACUGAUGCCAAAAAUGCAAUCAGUAAAAUUUUUGUCUGUCUGUCUGUCUGUAUGUUCUUUAUAGAAACAAAAACUACUCGACGGAUUUUAACAAAACUUGGUACAAUUAUUCUUCAUACAGGGUCGGGGUAGGGUAGGGGUAAGGUAGGGUUGAGUAGGGUAGUGGCAAGGGUAGUAGUAGGGUUUCACGCGGACGAAGUCGCGGGCGUCCGCUAGUUAUAAAUAAAGGACUUUAAAUAUAGUCCAAUAUUCAAUAAAAUCCCAAAUUCAACCUUAUGCAUUGAGUUGAAUUUGCAAAUGCGACUACAUGAAUUGAGUGCCAAGAAGUUGUGUUUGGCACUCAUUGAGUGGGGACGUUUUUUGGUCGCUGAUUGUGCAUCCACUUUUUAAUAGGAGAUCGAUGACUAUAAUAAACACUUAACCAGUUACCAGUGAUGGAAAAGUUACCCAAUAUUUAAAAAUUAUCAUUUUAAUGAAACACGCAAAUAUGUUAAAACAUAUAUACUAUGCACAAAAAUUAAGGGAGCAGAAAAAAAAUCCAAAUUUUUGGGGGAUUUUCAACAGGCUGUAACUUAUACAAAAAUGGUCGUACAGCAAAAAAAUAAAAAGCAAAUUGUAGCUCUAAGUGUUUAGUUUUUGGAUCUGAGUUUGAAAAUCUUUUUUUGAAAAUAUUUUUCGAGUAAUCAUAAGUAAACCACCGAAAAAAAAAUUUUCGAAAUUUUUUUGAGUUUUUUUUAAAUCUACGGACGUGGAAAAAAUUUUUUCGACUCAACCUCCAUAUGGACCGGAUAGCUUGUUUAUUCAGAUUUAAUUUCGUUUUUUUUAAAUCUCGAUACGAGCAUUUCUCGCUGAGAUAUCGAUGUUUGAAUGGAAAAAGAUCAUUUUGUCUUUGAUUACAAAAAUUAAGAAUUUCGCUCUGAAAAUGUCAUAAUUUUAAUCAAAAAUAAAAAAAAAAUUUUUUUAAUUUUUCUCUCAAUUCUGUAUUAGUGACUUGAAAAAUUAAAACAAAAAAAAAAAUUAUGACAUUUUCAGAGCGAAAUUCUUGCUCCUUUAAUUUUUUAAAAAUUCGAUCAAGUGGGAAAAAAAAACGGUUGGCUGGAUUGAAUUGAAACUUUGUAGGGUUUUUAUGGGUAUAUUGAACAGUAAAAGGCACACUUAACGUCAGUGGUUUCCGCAAUAUUUUUGAUUGGGCGCUUGAUUUUCCAAAAAACGACAAAAAGCCCUUUUUUGGAUGCUUUUUCAAAUUCAUGUAAUGAUUGAAAAAAAUUUUUUUUUUCAAAAUUCAAUUGCCAAUCCUUGUAGAGAUUUUAUUCAAUUUUUUUUGGUGGUUUUCUUAUGAUUACUCGAAAAAUAUUUUCAAAAAAAAAUUUUCAAACUCAGAUCCAAAAACUAAACACUUAGAGCUACAAUUUGCUUUUUAUUUUUUUGCUGUACGACCAUUUUUGUAUAAGUUACAGCCUGUUGAAAAUCCCCCAAAAAUUUGGAUUUUUUUUUCUGCUCCCUUAAUUUUUGUGCAUAGUAUAUUUC